AUGUCUUCUACAUCACGUUCCCGGGAUCUAACCCCCGGUCGUGAUGUGUCCCCCGGUCGAAGCAGCUUACACUCGAGGACCGACGUCAGCGACUCGGAAUCUCUAACAAACUGGGUGCCCAGCACCGAAGGUCUGAGGCGACGAAGGCCCGCCGCACUAGCCGAGCUCGGGGGCGUCAACAGUAUCCGAUCCUUCACUCAGAGCUGGCGGAGAGCCGCCGGUUUCGUCGAGCAGGCCGAGGCCCGACCUGGCCCCUCUUGGCAGGAUGACCGCAACGCCGCGACCGACUUUCGGGAAAGGGAGAGAAAGGCCUACAACGCCGAGCUCGACGGUACCUUUAUGCCCGGAAGCCACUCAAGUUCCAUAUUCGCCGUCCCUCCCAGCCUUGCCACCUCCCUCGUGGGGAGUUACACGAGCUACCCGGCGUACGGCGCCAUCCCCGCCGAGUCGGAGCGGAGAUCCUCGUUCGCCCACUCGUGGAUCCAGCCCGCCGAGGCGGCGGAGCAGCCCAACGACGAGCUGCCCCCGAUCCUCGUCAAAGAGGUUGAGCAAGACGGAAAGAUUGUGCUGGCGGUGGAGGGCCAGUCUACCUUGCCUCAAACCGUCUUCAACUCGAUAAAUGUCUUGAUUGGCGUCGGACUCUUGAGCCUUCCCCUUGGUCUAAAGUACGCGGGUUGGCUCUGCGGCAUGGUGGCCCUCUUCCUUUGUGCUACCGUCACCGCCUAUACCGCUCGCCUGCUCGGCAAGUGCAUGGAUUUAGAUCCAAGUCUCAUCACCUUCUCGGAUAUCGCUUACAUAUCCUAUGGCCGCAAGGCGCGAAUUGCUACCACCGGCGGCAACCUACCUAUCUAUCGUGAUAUGCGACAUCCGUACAAGUAUAAGAAGGCCCUCAAGGUUACCUUUUCUUUCACGUACUUGCUCGAUGCUACGACCGCUAUUGCUGGCAUCCUCAUGUUUGGCGAUGACGUCCGCGAGACCAUCACCUCUAACAUCCUCCGAACAACGGGCUAUCCCAAAGCCCUCACGGCCUUCAUGUGUGCCUUCAUCGCCAUUAUCCCCCUCACCAAGAUCCCGCUCAACGCCCGGCCCAUCAUUAACACCAUCGAGUUGGUCAGCGGCAUCCACUACCAGCAGCACCUGCACCAGAACGCGGGCGGGCCCGCAGACGGCUCCAGGACCGGAGAGGCUUACUUCACCCUCGUGCGAGUCUUCUCUCGAGUUCUCGUCCUAGCAACUUUCCUCGUCAUCGCCAUCCUCUUCCCCGCUUUUGACAGUAUCAUGGCGUUCAUGGGAAGUGCUCUGUGUUUUACCAUUUGCAUCAUUCUCCCUCUUGCUUUUUACCUCCGACUGUUCAAGCACGAGAUCUCAACCCGUGAAAGGCUCUUUGCCUACUCUCUCAUCUUCAUCUGCUCGAUCCUCUCUGUGAUGGGUACGGUCUGGGCAUUCCUUCCCAAGUCUCUCAUCGGCGCCGACUGA